AUGCCUGCCGGACUUUCUAUUGUACACGCCGUGCAAACGGUAGAGUCCUGCGCUAUGGUUGGCGGUAUAUUCUGGGACCAGACUUGCAUUUCUGACAGUCUCAAAUGCUUGAUUCGCUCGAUGGAGGACCAGCUUCUUACAAAUGAGUCUGUGUCGCUACAUAUCGGCGAUUCGAUCGAUCAGCUUCUGUUAGUCGUCGCCGAACGUUACUUGCUAAACAAGGACAUGAUAGAUGCGGCUGCCAUGGCUGUCAAAGACCUGCGCUGCGACUGCAAACGUUGCAGUACAAGCAGUGACCGUGUAUGUGCGCGUGCUGCUCGACUUUGCACGAAUUAG